GAGAGAGCGAGGGGGGGGGGGUGCGCACGCGAGCAAGCGCGAGAGAGAGGGAGAGAGAGAGAGAGAGAGAGAAAAUAUGAAACAACUCAUUUGCAAAGGAGUAAAUCACGGAAAAGCGUUUGAGAGCGCGACACUGCUCCCGCUUCCAGCACUUACACGGGAACUGUAAUGCGCACGAGCCCUCCCUCCUCCUCUGCUUCAUCCCCCUUCUUCUUCUUCUUCCUCGGAGCCCUCAUGGAGACGCUGUAACUGUUGUUCUCGCCGCUGUGGUUCGCUCUGGCUGCUCACCGUCGCUCUCAGCAGCCGGCAGCCGCGCGCCCGUUGUGGCUGUGAGGGGAAGCGCCACAACGACGGUCACCGACACCGGCGGCAGACCUGCUUCGCCUGCUACCCCCCACCCCACCCACUCACCCACCCGCCUCGGUCUCUGUGUGUUAUUAGCUCUGCCACAAAAAUACCAACAACACACACCUGAAAGCCACUCUGACUCCGCGGACUCGAACCCAACAAAAGAUGAGUUCAUAUUUUGUAAACUCGCUCUUCUCCAAAUACAAAAGCGGGGAUUCGCUGCGUCCGAACUACUACGAGUGCGGGUUCGCUCAGGACCUGGCGGGCAGCCGGCCCACCGUGGUGUACGGCCCGGGCUCCGGCGCCACCUUCCAGCACGCCCCGCAGAUCCAGGACUUCUACCACCACAGCGCGUCCUCGCUGCCCAGCAACCCGUACCAGCAGAGUCCGUGCGCGGUCACAUGCCACGGAGAGCCGGGGAACUUUUACGGAUACGACGCCCUGCAGCGACAGACCCUCUUCGGGGCUCAGGAAGCAGACCUGGUCCAGUACAGCGACUGUAAGCUGGGCGGCGCGGCGGGGCUCGGCGGCGAGGACGCGGACGGAACGGACCAGAGUCCGUCGCCGACGCAGCUGUUCCCGUGGAUGAGGCCGCAAGUAGCUGCGGGCAGGAGGCGAGGCCGGCAGACCUACAGCCGCUACCAGACGCUGGAGCUGGAGAAGGAGUUCCUCUUCAAUCCCUAUCUGACCCGGAAGCGCCGCAUCGAGGUGUCGCACGCGCUGGCGCUGACGGAGCGGCAGGUGAAGAUCUGGUUCCAGAACCGGCGGAUGAAGUGGAAGAAGGAGAACAACAAGGACAAGUUCCCCAGCAGCAAGAGCGAGCAGGAGGCGGUGGAGAGGGAGCGCAGGGAGAAGGAGCUGCGGGAGAGCGGCGGCGGCAGCGGCGGGGAGGGAGGCGGGGGGGCGGGCCCGGUGCCGGUACCGGUGCCGGUGGCGGGCACGGCGAGCUCACAGGGCUCCGGGAGCGAGGACUGCUGCGACAAGCCCCACAAGCAGAUGUAGGGAGGAAGAGGAGGGCGAGGGGGGGUUGUUUGCUGGACGCUGCUGUUGGAUGAGGUAAGGAGGGGGUGGGAGUGGGGGGUGUCUUCACCGCCGCCUCCGCCAUCCAUCAGAUGGGUG